UGCAAAAAUGUCACUCUCUAAAACCAAGUCCAAAAUUCCCACCUUCAAAACAAUAGUUUCAACCAUUGGCUCGGUCGCGACAGCGGCAAUGGUGAUCCGUAGCGUUGCCCGUGACUAUCUGCCUCCUGAAUUCCAAAACUACAUGUAUCUCAGCGUCCGAAAAUUCAUCAACAAAUUCUCCACACACUUGACCAUGGUCAUCCAUGAAUCCGUUGAUCUCCAAACCAACCCAAUUUAUAAAGCCGCCGAGCUUUACAUUUCAUCUAGAAUGUCAACCGAUAUACACCGUUUGAAAGUUACCAAAAGUUCUAAUGAAAAAAACAUUGGGGUCGCUAUGGAAGUCAAUGAGGAGUUCAUUGAUGUAUACAAUGAAGUCACAUUUACUUGGUUAAUGAAUUCUAAAAAGUGUCCUGAGAGAAAAUGUUACAACGACGAGGGCACAGUUCAGUCUGUACAAUCAGAUAUUCGAUCUUUGGAACUCACCUUUCACCAAAAACACAAAGAUAUGGUGUUGAAUGAGUACUUACCUUUUAUACUUAAACACGCUGAAGAACGUAACCACGAGAGGAAAGUUGUGAAGCUAUUCAUGUUUGAUGGAAGAUCGUACUCACGGUGCAAGUGGAUGUCCGUGAAUCUAGACCAUCCGGCGACGUUUGAGACUCUGGCUAUGGAUGCCGAUAUGAAAGAGAUGGUGAUGAAGGAUUUGGAUAGGUUUGUGGAGAGAAGAGAGUAUUAUAAAAAAGUCGGAAAGGCGUGGAAGAGAGGUUACUUGUUGUACGGUCCCCCUGGGACAGGGAAAUCAAGCUUGAUCGCGGCGAUGGCCAAUUACUUGAAUUUUGAUAUAUAUGACUUGGAGUUGACUGAUGUCAAGUCUAACACGGAGUUACGAAUGUUGUUGAUGGCCACGGCUAACCGCUCCAUUUUGGUAGUAGAGGACAUAGAUUGCUCCGUGGAGUUGCAUGAUCGCUUGAUUGCGCGAGGGGAUCUUAAGAAAAAAAUGAAUUCUACUACGGAGAACUCGACUAAAUCGAAUCAACACGUAACCUUGUCGGGUUUUCUCAAUUUUAUUGAUGGGUUAUGGUCAAGUUGUGGUGACGAAAGAAUCAUCAUAUUCACUACGAAUCAUAAGGAAAAACUUGACCCUGCACUUAUACGUCCUGGUCGUAUGGAUGUUCACAUUCAUAUGUCUUAUUGUACCCCUUGUGGAUUCCGUCUUUUGGUCUCCAACUAUCUUGGUAUCACCCAACACAAAUUACUUGAAGAAAUCGAGGAAUUUAUCCGUAAUGUGGAGGUUACACCGGCUGAAGUGGCGGAGCAACUACUCAAGGACGACGACCCUGAUAUCGCUCUUGGUGGCCUCGUUGAGUUUAUUAAGUCUAAGAAGAAGGAUAAAGACCAGACCAAAGGAAAGACAAAGGAAGUCAUAGAUUUGGCAGCAAAUAUGAAUGAUAAGAAUCAACAAGAGGAAAAUAAAAAAACAAUUUCGAUAUCGACCAGCUAA